AGCUUUCAUAUUGGCCUGCUUGAUGAUCCACUUGUCGGCAAUCGAUUGUGAUUGAGUUCCACACGAAAAAAAAAAUGGCGGAGCGAACGCCAGGAGGCUCUCAAAAGGCUAGCGCUAAGGCGCUGCUGGAAAGCAAACUAAAGUCUUUCAGCAUCGGCAAAAUGUCCGUGGCCAAGAGAACCCUCAGCAAGAAGGAACAGGAUGAGAUCAAGAAGAAAGAGGAUGAGCGUGCAGCGGCGGAGAUCUACGAGGAGUUCCUUGCUGCCUUUGAAGGCGGCAGUGAGGGGAAGAUCAAAGCUUUUGUCCGCGGUGGGAUUGCAAAUGCCACAAAAGAAGAGACAUCAACAGAUGAGAAGAGAGGCAAACUGUACAAGCCCAAGUCACGCUUUGAUUCCCAAUCCAAAAGCAUCCUACCCCUGGAAACCCCAACUCAGUUUUCAACAGUAGACAAACGCCAUUCUGCCAAGAAGACAAACGAAAAGGAAAAGAAGAAGAGCAACCUGGAGCUUUUCAAGGAAGAGCUUAAGCAAAUUCAGGAGGAGAGGGACGAAAGACACAAGAUGAAGGGGCGAGUUAGUCGUUUUGAACCUCUAGGCGGCGUGGAGGGAAGACGUUCAUCGGAUGGUUCUUCACGAAGAAACCGUCCGUCCAGUGCAGUUGGAAAAUUUCCUCUUUUUUGUGUCUCUGCAGUUUUGGAUGACUGCGCACCCGGUUCGCAUGACGUCGGCGACCCGUCCACCACUAACUUGUAUCUGGGAAACAUCAAUCCACAGAUGAACGAGGAGAUGCUGUGUCAAGAGUUUGGCCGCUACGGACCACUGGCCAGUGUGAAGAUCAUGUGGCCAAGGACUGACGAGGAGAGGGCACGGGAGAGGAACUGUGGCUUUGUGGCCUUCAUGAACAGGAGGGAUGCCGAGCGGGCUCUCAAAAACCUUAACGGAAAGAGUAUCAUGAACUUUGAGAUGAAACUUGGAUGGGGCAAAGGCGUGCCCAUUCCACCCCACCCCAUCUACAUCCCUCCAUCCAUGAUGGAGCACACCCUCCCGCCGCCUCCCUCGGGCCUCCCCUUCAACGCACAGCCCCGCGAGAGGCUCAAGAACCCCAAUGCCCCCCUGGUCCCUCCACCCAAAAACAAGGAGGACUUUGAGAAGACUCUGUCGCAAGCCAUAGUCAAAGUGGUUAUCCCAACAGAAAGGAAUUUGCUCUCUCUCAUCCACCGAAUGAUCGAGUUUGUGGUGCGUGAAGGCCCCAUGUUUGAAGCCAUGAUCAUGAACCGGGAAAUCAACAACCCCAUGUACAGGUUUCUGUUUGAGAACCAGAGCCCAGCGCAUGUUUACUACAGGUGGAAGCUCUACACUAUAUUGCAGGGCGAAGCACCAGUCAAAUGGCGAACAGAUGACUUUAGAAUGUUCAAGAACGGCUCUCUUUGGCGCCCACCACCACUCAAUCCCUACCUCCAUGGUCCGUACGAUGAUGGCGAAGAGGAGGAGGAAGAGGAGGACUCUCUCAAGAAAGGCUGCUUGAAAGAAGAUGAGCGAGACAAGCUAGAGGAGAUGCUUCGUGGCUUGACACCCAGAAGGGGCGACAUCGCCGAGGCCAUGUUGUUUUGUCUCACUCACGCCGAAGCCGCUGAAGAGAUCGUGGAAUGUGUCACGGAGUCCCUUUCCAUCCUUAAGACCCCUCUCCCAAAGAAGAUUGCACGGUUAUAUCUGGUGUCUGACGUGCUGUACAACUCCUCCGCCAAAGUAACCAACGCCUCCUACUACAGAAAAUAUUUUGAAGUGAAGCUCUGCCAGAUUUUUGCAGACCUCAACGCCACGUAUAAAACCACCCAAGGUCACCUGCAGAGUGAAAACUUUAAGCAACGUGUGAUGUCAUGCUUCCGAGCAUGGGAGGACUGGGCUGUGUAUCCAGACCCCUUCCUCAUCAAGUUGCAGAACAUAUUCCUGGGUCUCGUGAACCUGGCGUCCGAAAAGGAGCCUGUCGGAAUUCCUGUUGAGCCUGAGCCCACAGAAGACAUCGACGGCGCGCCAAUAGGAGAGUAUGUGGACGGCUCGCCAAUCGAAGACAUGGACGGGCUGCCCAUCGAUGCGGGGCCCAACGACGGGGCCAUGAUCGAUGGAGCCCCCCUGGAUGACUUAGAUGGCGUUCCCAUCAAGCCCGUGGAGGAGGACAUCGAUGGGAUACCUUUCGACCAGUCCAAGGAGGCCACUUUCAAGGUGGCGCCCUCAAAAUGGGAAGCCGUGGACGAGUCGGAGCUGGCAUCUCAAGCUGUGACCACCUCAAAAUGGGAAGCAUUUGAGCAGCCUGAAGAACCAAAAAGGUAUGCAGAGAACAGCGACGACGAGAAGAGCCCCCGCACGGCAACUGCCACCCCGAGCUACUCCAACCCCGUCAGGGACGACACUGACCUGAAGGCUAAAUUGUCCGAAAUGAACGAGGAGAAGCGAACCAAGCUACGAGAGAUAGAGGUGAAAGUCAUGAAGUUCCAAGAUGAGCUGGAAUCGGGGAAGAGGCCCAAGAAACCUGGUCAGAGCUUUCAGGAGCAGGUGGAACAUUACAGGGACAAACUACUGCAGAAGGAGAAGGAGAAGGAGAAACUGGAGCGGGAGAAAGAACGAGAGAAGAAGGACAAAGAGAAAGCGGACGCAAGGCUGAAAGACUUGAAGAAGGAGAAGGAGAAGGAGAAGGAAGACACGCCGACCAGGAAAGACAAAUACUCGUCCCCGGCUGUCGAGAGGAAGCGCCGGCACAGCACCUCCCCCAGCCCCACGCGUGGCAGCGGUAGCGGAAGACGGGGCCGUUCUCCGUCCCCUCGCUCGGAGCGCUCCGAGCGAUCAUACUCUAAGGACACAUCCUUGCGCCCCUCUCACAAGGACUCUCCACGCUCCGUUGUCAAGAAGUCCUCAAAGAGAUCUCCGUCAUCCCCUCGCACUCCCAAGCGAUCGCGGCGGUCGCGCUCCCGGACCCCCAAGAAGUCGACCAAGAAAUCCCGCUCCAAGUCCAGGUCACCGCACAGCCGAUCUCACAAAAAGUCCAAGAAGAGCAAACACUGACGCCGACGACUACCUUUAAAAUCACCGCCACCACGUCGCAUUGUAGUAUAACGAAGCUGAUGGGGCUGUUAUAAUGUAAAGACAAUGAAAUGUGCAUGGGUGGGCGGGGUUCUCAUUGCUGUUUUAUAUUGUACAAAAAUGUGCUUGUGCUUGUCCACCUCCCCCAAACUCCUCUCAGUGGAACUUAUCGAGUGUGAUGACAAUAGUCCGCCUUUCAUUCAUGCUGUCCUUUUCUGUUUUUGUAGUUCUCAUUGAAAAUAAUUCCUAAUAAAAGUUUCAUUUCUAAUCUG